UGCGCUUCACGGACGCGGGGAGACAACCGAAGCGCUCGCGCUCAGCCGGCUCUCGCGCUCUGCCGCAACGCACCGGGGCGAUUGACGCACGCGCACCAGAACCAAAGCCGUGCUUAGAAAUUAUAUUCGAUAAUAAUAUAUAUAUAUUUUAUAAAAAGAAAAAAAAUGAUGUCAUUGGAUCUCAACCUGCACGUGCUAACGAAGGAGCUGUCGGUGUAUCUAGAGAACCAGGUUCGGGUCGGGGGGUUCCUCGGCUCCGGGGUCGGGCUGGCGCUUGCGCUCGGCUUUGGCGCCGCCUACGCCUGCUACUACUGGACGUCUGUAGCCAAGAAACCAACGCUUGUAUCUGGAGGGAAGAAGUUUUAUGACUUUCUGAAGGAGAAUUGCCCCGUGGUGACGGAGACCUAUUACCCCCCGUUCUGGUGCUGGGAGAGUCGGGUCCAAACUCUCCUCCGUCCGUUUGUCACCGCCAAGCCCUGGGUCUCCUACAGGAAUGAACUCAUCAGAGCACCAGAUGGAGGUCAGAUAUCUCUGGACUGGUUUGAUAAUGAAGACAGCCUCUCUCACCCCGACUUGUCCACUCGCCCCACCGUCCUGCUCCUGCCCGGUCUGACCGGAACCAGCCGCGAGUCCUACAUCCUGCACAUGGUGCAGCAGAGCCGAGAGCUGGGAUACAGAUGCGUGGUGUUCAACAACCGAGGCGUCUCUGGCGAGAAACUGCUGACUCCUCGGACCUACUGUGCAGCGAACACGGAGGAUCUGGAGACGGUGAUUGAUCAUGUUAAUAGCACUUACCCAACCGCUCCCAUCAUGGCUGCUGGAGUCUCCAUGGGGGGGAUGAUGCUGGCCAACUAUCUGGGUCGUAAAGGUAACGCUACGUGUCUGAAGGGUGUGGUGGUCUUCUCAGCUGGCUGGGACGUAUUCGAGUGUACUGUUUCCCUGGAGAAACCUCUCGACCGCUUCCUCUUCAACUCCUACCUCACCAGCUGCCUGCAGGCCUCCGUACACCGACACAGGCCUGUUUUGGAAAGGAAUUAUGACAUAGAUCAUGUGAUGAAGGCUAAAACCAUCCGAGAGUUCGACGAACGUUUCACGUCUAAAAUGUUCGGCUACCCGACUAACGACGACUACUACCGGGACGCCAGCCCCAUCCACAAGCUGAAGUCGGUGCAGAUUCCCAUGUUGUGUCUCAACGCAGCUGAUGACGUUUUCUCGCCCAAUCACGCCAUCCCCAUCGAAGUGGUGAAGCAGAACCCAAAUCUGGCUCUCAUCAUCACAUGCCACGGCGGCCAUAUUGGAUUUUUGGAAGGCUUCUGGCCACGUCACAGCACCUACAUGGACCGAGUUUUUCGGCAGUUCAUCAAGGCAGUGGUUGAAAACGGCAGCGCUCUAACAGACCUAGCGAGCUAACACAGCGACGACCCGCUCGGCUACAGCGCCCCCCUACACCCAGGAGCAAAAAACAACAACAACAACUCAACAGCUAUCGAGACGUUCGGUUGUUUAUCUGAUCGCAAAAUCGCUCGUGGAUUCAGAUCGCUCGGCCUGUUCAUCCCUUUCUUUCAGUCUUUACUUAUCUCUCAGUUUAGAUACGUAGAUACUUGUGUGUGUGUGUGUGUGUGUGAGAGAGAGAGAGAGAGAGAGAGAGAGACUCUUAAUUCAGGUUGAGAGAACAUUACCUUUUCAUUAUACUGUGUAUAUUUUGAAGUACGCUGUUUUGACCAAUGGAUCAACUGGAAGAAAAACAAAUCUGUGAUUUACCUAAUCCUCCAGUCAGCAUUCGUUUAUUUCCGCUCUGCUUUAAACUGGCGCCCGAAUCCAGCAUCUGUCACCGGGUCACGUGUAGGACUUUUCAGGGAGCUGGCGGAAAAUAAAAACGUGUUAAAAACGUGUGAAGGCGAGACACUGUAGGUGAAGACGUAGAAGUAAGAAAGGAAAAGAAUCAACCAAAUAUUCAGUUCAGAACUUUUUUAAACAUAUAUGAAUUUCUUCACAAAUUGAUAUUUUGACACGUCUUUAUGUAAAUGACAUGAAAGAAACCGUGUCUCAUUUACAUAACAUCAAUUAUUUAUCAUUUAAUCAAGAAAAUAUCCAUCAAUUGCUGCUUUUUCUGUAAGAUGCUUUCAAUUAGCGACAGAAAUAAAAAUUUAGUUUCAAUUGAAUGACCACAGCUCAUCUAGAAUCUGAGAUUUUGGAAUUUUUGAGCUGUUUCUUCUCUAAUUAUCGUAAAUGAAAUUAAGCCGAACAUCAUAAUGAGACACAAACGCUAGAAAAUCAGGAAAGAAGGUUCCAGUGACGUGAGAAAAAGUCUCGCCUUUUAACGUCUUUAACGCCAGUGACGUGGAUUCCUGACCGUCUGUCCGUCCCUGCGUUAUUGCUUUAUACCAUGUAGACUCUUUACACGUUUACACGUUGUGAUUUGAGUUCCUUCGAAGCUUUUAGUCGAUUUAAAUGACAGUAGUGAGACCGCUUCGCUAAAACCGGCCUCGCAUGCACACUGAAAAAAUUAACGUGCACGUUCUCACGCAUCAUGAAGCGGUUUUUAAGACAAUCUCUCGUGAUAAUUAAAUAUAAAACAAACCUCGUAUUGUUCGACAACAUUUUAGUAGUAAUAAAAAAAAAAAACAGAAAUUUAAUAUAUAUAUAUAUAUAUAUAUAUAUAUAUAUAUAUAUAUAUAUAUAUAUAUAUAUAUAAAAAGAUUUAAUCUAUAAAACAGCUUGAUAAGGUACUAAUAAAAGUGUUAAAUAUAGCUAGCUGGCUAGCAAUACACUGAAAUAGAAUAGAAAUAGCUAGCGGAUUAGCUGCCUUGCUAGUUAACGUUACCCUGAGGGUGGACGGGAGGGGGAAGGGAAAAGGGGCGGGGCCAUGACGGUAUGCGCAGUGAAGCAUGAUGUUUUAAAAUCUGCACUUUCUUAAAAAAUGAAUCUAAGAGCGAUUACAAAAGCAGCUUAGGUUCCGUUUAAAAUAUGACUUUUUUUAGAAAAAAUCGGAUGGAAUUUUUAGCCAAAAAACGAAAGAAAACAAAACAGAUUUUAGUCGCUGUAACUCCAACGUAGAGUGCGCUUCCGUUUCAUUUUAUGCGUGGACAUAACUGAUUAAUUUAUUAAUUAUUUAAGUGUGUGAUCUUUUAAUGUGUAAGAAAGCAAAAUAUUUUUAUUCCAAAAAAUGAAGAUCUGUGUCUCUCUCUCUGUUUAAAAACCCCCAGAUAUUUAUCACUGUAAUGUGUAUCACUGGAUGUGUUUGUUUCGAUGUAAAUUAUUCAUUUAUUAAUUUGCUUAAUUUUUUAAUUUUUUUUUGAGACAUUUCUUCAUCCUAACUGACUCUAAACUUUUCCCACAAUCCUUCACUGAGAGGAAAUGAGCUGAAAGCUGACGCUGAAAGCGCUAAAGUCAUGCUAAAGCUCCUUCUGUGGGACGAGUGAUGGAUAUUCCCGGCUGUCUUUGGAGCAUCGCUGCUUAUUAGCGAUCUUUGAGUCGGUGUGGAUCAUUUCCUUGUUCAUUAAACGGGUAUUUUGUUCUGCGCUUCUUUUAAGGUUAAGCUUAGAAGCUCCUCUGUUAGGACGUUUCUUCGGUGAUCUUGAUCAGAGGACCUCAUUAUCGACUCAAUUCCUUCCAUAUUUCUUUCUUCAUUACUUUCAAUAUCUCUUCUCUGUUCUGAUAAUCCAAUUCUUCCUCUUUUCUAUUACUAUUUCACCGCCAACUUCCCCUUCAGUUCUACACAUUUUACCCAUUUGUUUGAAUCCAACCCAAUGUCCUUUCCUUUACUUCCUCAUAUCUUCCUUAUGCCUUCUUUAUUUAAAAGAAAAAAAAAAUGUAAUUAUUCAUUCAAAAGAAGAAGAAGAAAAAAAAGAAGAUUCCUUAUCUAUCUCUUUCCUCGUCUCUCUCCUCUCGCUGUCUGUAGCAUCUUAGCCCUCAGGGAUGCCAGGUUUUGUCAAUAGUUUAACAUCUUAACAUAGUAAUGAUAUCUGUUAAAAAAAAAAAAAAAAAAAAAAAGGAAAACAGCACCAAAAUUGUUUCUGUUUGUUCUGCAUGGACCUUUCACUGACACUUAUUCUACAAGACGUUGAAAAAAAAACACAAAGCAAAAUAUACAGUUAGAAGAUAAAAAAAAAAAAUACAAAAAUUUACCAUGAAUGUGCUCUUUCAUUGGUCGAGUUCUACCUCGCGAUGGUUUUCAGCAGAUCUGACCAGCUUUCAGUAACGAAAAUAAAUUUUAAUAAGAAGAAGAACCGAGUCGGAGUCGAAGCCUGUUAUCAAACUCAGCAGCUCCAUAUUGGAUAGAUCUGCUUAUAUAUUUUAACACCGAACCGCACAAUUGCUUGUGAUAAACUUAGUAAGAUCAAGACGGCGUCAUUUUUUUCCAGCUAACCGAUGAUCAGCUUCGAAAAAGAAAAAAGAAGAAGAAAAAACACAAUGGGAAAGGAGUUUUCUAUCCUGCACAAUCGGAGUGACGUGUUCGAGGAUGUCAAGGUUUAAACGUGACACUUCUGCUGUAUUUUUUUCUUUCUUUCUUUCUUUCUUUCUUUUUUAAGAAGGUGUUGUGCUAAUCUCUGCAUUUCAGUACUGUUGUACAGUUUUGUCAGCCUGUGGCUUAGCUACCAUGCUAAGUGGCAGAGUUAAGUAACAAAGUUGUAUUGUGUACUAGUUGGAUGUAAAAUACUGAAUAUUAAUUUGAAAGAAUCUUUACACUUAUGAUGAUUUGAUUCCAUCGUCAUCGUGAAAACUUUACCUGUGUUGAUACAGUUUGAGAAAGUUAGCAAAGCUUUGAUGACGUGGGGAUGUGUAACGAGGGGGGGGGGUGGAUAAGAGCGCGUUAAAUACUGUACUGCAAUGCAACCUUGAUGUGUUCGGAUGAAAAUCAUGUUUAAAUGGAAAGCGUUCGAUUCCACGUGAACCGCAGACUACUUUGUCUUGGAGUUACUGAAGCAGGUGUAACUGUUAACGAACUUCCAGAGGAAAUCGUCCUACUAACAGCAAAAGGCAUCAUCCAUGACAUAACCCACAGCACAACAGACCUACUUCUUUUUAUUGCUGUAUUUCCUUUUGUAUACAUUUAUAAAAGGAUCACGUUUCAACACAUUCAGCAAUAAGAUCAAAAAAAAAAAGGUGGAUGUAGAUGAAGCCUAUGCACAUGUACUUGUAUGAAAAAGUGCAUUUGCUGUCUUGAAUAAAAUCUGGAAUUAAAACUAAUGUU